AUGGCGGCAGAAGAGGGACAAGUGAUCGGUUGUCACACGGACGAUGUUUGGACUUUUCAACUCGACAAAGCUAAAGAAUCCAACAAGCUGAUUGUGAUAGAUUUUACUGCGUCAUGGUGUCCACCAUGCCGUAUGAUUGCGCCAAUUUUCACGGAUUUGGCCAAGAAGUUCAUGUCAAGUGCCAUCUUCUUCAAGGUGGAUGUUGAUGAACUUCAGAGUGUUGCUAAAGAGUUUGGUGUGGAGGCAAUGCCGACCUUUGUGUUCAUGAAAGCCGGCGAAGUUGUGGAUAAGCUCGUUGGUGCAAGGAAAGAAGAUCUUCAGGCGAUGAUAGCGAAGCAUACCGGUGUUGCUACUGCUUGA